AGAGGCGAGCUCCAUGCACGACGCGUCUGGCUUUCAGUGCCCCCGACAUGGACCAUGGAGCCGAACGACACUACCGCCGUGUCCGGACGCUCGGUCUACGUCGACUGCCAGGCCGGCGGCGUGCCUCAGCCACACAUCCGCUGGAAGAGCGCUACAGAGCCGGACAGUCCAGCGUCACAGUUCCGCACCAUCAUCAGCAACUCACACAUCCACAUACUUGUCAAUGGAACGCUCAGCAUCCGCAGCGUCGAGCCUGGCGACGCCGGACUCUACCUGUGCGAAGCCUCGAAUGGCGUUGGAUCAGGAAUCAGCCGAGUUCUCCAGCUCACCGUCCGCAGUGCGCCUCGGUUUGCAAGCAAGUUCACAACGGUGUCUGUGCGGCGAGGCGAAAGCGCCGAGGUUACUUGUCCAGCCCAGGGAGAUUCACCUAUACGUUUCCACUGGCUCAAAAACAAUCUCCCACUUAACGUUCUGAAGGACCACAGGUACUCUAGAGUUGAAGACAGAAGUGGUGACGUCACGACGUCAAAAAUUACCGUGCAGCACGCGGAGAGAUCUGACAACGGCGUGUUCACAUGUCAAGCAGCCAACGAGUUUGGCGAAGACUCCACUAGCGUUCAGCUCACCGUGCAAGAUGUGCCGGACCCUCCGAGUGACGUGGACGUCCGAGAAGUUGGAAGCCGGACUGCGCGAGUCACGUGGUCUGUUCCGUUCACUGGAAAUUCGCCCAUCACGCAAUACGUGCUCCACUGGAAGACUACUGACGGCCUCUGGCAGGACACCCUCACGGUGUCUGGCCUGGAGACAAAGGCAACGGUGCGGGGACUGCUACCGACUACUAACUAUCAUCUGCGCGUGCGUGCUGACAACAUCCUCGGGAUCAGUGACUACAGCACACCUGUGGAGUUCACUACAUCGAAGGAACCUCCCCGGUUCCCACCAAAAAACGUCCAAGCAACAGCGACAAAUACGAGGACAAUAUCCGUGUCUUUUGACAAUCCCAGACACACAAAAGCGGACGACCAAGUCGAAGGGUUCUACGUCGGCUACCGCGAGCUUUCAAGUCUGGACGCGUUCACCUUCAAGACGUUCGAUGCCUCUCCCACCCUACUUUCGGCUCCCAUCAGCCACGACCACGCCUCUGGUCAGAGCGUGCUCGGAUCGGUGGGUGCGGCGGCGGAGCCGCUACCCCACCGGCUAAGCUACGAGCUUACGGGAUUACGCCGCUCUACGGAGUACGCAGUCACCGUGCAGGCUUUCAACGCCAAAGGUGCAGGACCACAGUCAGAGGUGGUCAGAGUGCGGACCUUAGACUUUGACCCACCGAGCGCCCCGCACUUGCGGAUAGGCGGUACCACGGCUCGGUCCAUAUCCGUCAACUGGGAGAAUGAACAUCUUCAGGAAGCCCCAAUCACGGGCUUCUCGUUGUACUACAAAGUGGAAGGCAGCGCCGGAAUCGAGUGGCACGAAGUCUCCGUUCCGCACGAUCGCCGGGCCUUUACCUUAACGGACUUGCGUUGCGGCACCGAGUACCUCGUCUACAUCCGGGCUGCCAACCGCGCCGGCAAGGGACCCCAGGGCGAGACGCUCAGCGUUCGGACGAACGGAGGACGACCAGUGGAGCCAGAUCCAAGUCGACUGUUUGAGAUCAACUCGACAUUCGUGGUGCUUCACUUGGACGCAUGGGAGAGCGGAGGCUGCCCGGUCUCCUACUUCGUUGUCCAAUAUCGACCCGAAGCGCGCGCUGCUUCGCCUUCCUCGACCUCGACCGAGUGGACGCUGCACUCGAACAACGUGGUACCGCAACAGCAACUCGUGCAGCUAGCAGACCUGGCCCCUGGAUCCUGGUACACGCUUCUCAUGUCGGCCCACAACGACGCCGGCUCGACUGAGGUGGAGUUGAGCUUUGCCACGCUCACGCUAACUGGAGAACUGCCUUCCCGCAGCUACGAGCUCCUGGAUCCUCAAGUGACCUUCUACCGACACCUUACUGUGACUGUGCCUAUCGUGAGCGCCAUUGUGGUCCUCGUCAUCGUAGUGGGCGUAGUUUGCGUCGUCCUGCGGAGACGAAACUACGAUCCUCACCAGCGCAUAGGAGACGGAAUGGUGGUCGCCGAGUGCUGCGACUCCAGCAAGGGCGACUUGAUGCUGGCCGUGUCGCACGAGUCUCAGGCCAGAGAACCCGUCUACUACCCGGCGCCUUACGCCACCCACAACCGGAGUGGCACGGCGGCUGGACCAGGAAGUGGUCAAUGCAACAACGUGGCUGGGGCCAGAGAAAGUUCCGGCAUGGAUGAUCCUAAAAGCCGCACAUACGACGUGCCCUACCCCGUCAAGAGACUAGAAAUGUGGGAGCCAAGUCCAGAGGAGCUGGUGACGUGCAUGGAAGUCUACGAAAAAGCAGGCCAAGAAGCAAUCUACAGAAGCUCACCGUUCCACAUAUCGAAGCCGAAAGCGCGCAGAACGAGAUGGAGGGACGAUGGUGACAGAAGUUCGGGCAGCGAGAACGACGCUGAGGAUCUGCUGGACGAAGAGCGUGGCGGCACCAUUCCUCAGACUCUCAUCGUGCCUCUAGAGAAGUUCUCGUCUUGGGACCUCGACGCCACCACGGAUGACCCGAUCCGUUCCUGGAAGAAUUACCCAAGCGCCUACGAAGCUACGAGCGUCCGAUGUGCCGGAGAGUACACAUCGAUAACGUAGGCUUGACGCCAGCAGAGUGCCUUUCAGUGACGGUUCAUGUUCCUGCACAGACUGCUUUCAAUGGAAAGACCGCACCGAGUGGCUUGCCUCCCUGUGACGAAAAGAUACUUGACCGUGGUAAUGCUGUGUGAACUGAGCAAACGAAAAUACCAUGAGUGCGGCCGUCAACUUCACCGAUUUUGUCCUCAGAGUUUGCAUCCAAAGGUUGGUGUGAAGACGGGACCUUUGUUUUCUAUAAAACUGUUUGCCAUUAUUUUUUCUUCUUUUUGCACGACGUACUGAGGACAUUGAAGUACGUAUAAAGAAAACUAUUACAAGUUACCGGAAAUAAAGGAAAGGAAACAUGUGUGCGAGUUAUU